UGGUUCACAUAUGUAAUUAUUAAUUUGAUAUUUCACAGGAUACAAGAAUGGCGAUUGGACGUCCACGGAACCUUGCCGAAGUAUUUGGAGUCUCGCGGUUUAUUGGAUACAACCGUUCUACCUAACUACCACUACCGUGAGGACGCCUUGCCGCUGUACUAUAGCAUUAAGAAAUAUGUCAGCCAAAUUAUCAACCAUUUUUAUGAUAACCGCAAGAAACUCACAGAAGACUACGAAUUGCAAAAUUGGAGACACGAAUUGGAAACGGAGCGAGAGAAAGGAGGCGUGGGGAUACAGGGCAUACCAGGGAGCGUGACAUUUGAAAAUAAUGACGAACUAAUCCUGACAUGUACGUCAAUUAUCUUCACGUGCAGCGUAUCUCACGCGGCGUCCAACUUCCCCCAGUACACUGACUACGCCUUUCCUCCGAACUACCCAGCUUAUAUUAAAGGGCAGCCGCCCACGGAUAAGGUUCCUAUGUCGGAGGAGAACAUUGUGAAGACGCUGCCUACCAAGUCUCAUACCUUGGACAUUAUGGUGGUCACCAAACUUCUUAGUGACAAGGGAACUAACAGUCUGGGGGAUUUUGACAUCCAGUACCUGCACGACCCUGUCUCUGUCAAGGCUGCACAGACAUUACGACAAGAGCUGUCUGAAUUGAGCGAAAAGAUCAAGGAGAGGAACAAGAGUCGUUUUCCAUCUUACCUUUAUCUGCAGCCGGAUCACGUACCAAACUCUAUCAGCAUAUGAAUCGCCAGGAGGAAAAAAACGCCAUUAAAAAAAGCGUAGACUACGUCAUAUCGGCGAUCAGAUCGGUUACUUAUGUUGGCACUAA